UGAAAGCUUUUCCCAUACACAGGUACUGCGGAAGAGAAUUGCAUGAGCAAACCAUAAUGUCUGAAAACAACAUGAUGAUUCUCUACUUCACGUCGAAAUUGAACUUCAUGCCUGGAUGGACAGUCAGCAUCACGUUUGAAGAGAUAGUUGGUUGCUCAAGCACGUCGACCACCACUUCUACCUCAACAACUAGUACUUCCACAUCAACAAGCACGACCACGUCAACAAGCACUUCCACAUCAACAAGCACGACUACGUCAACAAGCACUUCCACAUCAACAAGCACUUCCACAUCAACAAGCACUUCCACGUCAACAAGCACUUCCACAUCAACAAGCACGACCACGUCAACAAGCACUUCCACAUCAACAAGCACGACUACGUCAACAAGCACGACCACGUCAACAAGCACUUCCACAUCAACAAGCACGACCACGUCAACAAGCACUUCCACAUCAACAAGCACGACUACGUCAACAAGCACGACCACAUCAACAAGCACGACUACAUCAACAAGCACUUCCACAUCAACAAGCACGACUACAUCAACAAGCACGACCACGUCAACAAGCACGACUACGUCAACAAGCACUUCCACAUCAACAAGCACGACCACAUCAACAAGCACGACCACUUCAACAAGCACGACCACUUCAACAAGCACUUCCACAUCAACAAGCACGACCACGUCAACAAGCACUUCCACAUCAACAAGCACGACUACGUCAACAAGCACGACCACGUCAACAAGCACGACCACGUCAACAAGCACGACCACAUCAACAAGCACGACUACGUCAACAAGCACGACCACGUCAACAAGCACGACAACGUCAACAAGCACGACCACAUCAACAAGCACGACUACGUCAACAAGCACGACCACAUCAACAAGCACGACUACAUCAACAAGCACGACCACAUCAACAAGCACGACCACGUCAACAAGCACGACCACAUCAACAAGCACGACCACCACAUCGACCACCAUACCACCCGCAGUAUGCUUAAGGUCGACUGUCAACGGUGUGCGCUUUUGGAGGAUUGGCACAUCCAACCCGUCCUCUCCUUGUUACCACGGCUUCAUUUCUAAGUUCAGCCUAGCUAGAGUGAUCCUCACCGCACGAAUAGAUAUAGAAAUCCCAAAUGGCGACGAAGUGGUCAUUGAAAACCCUUACACCGCACCACUAAGGCUAACAGGAUCCAUACCAAAGGGAAAAACCUACGUGCUUCCGAGCCAAUUGUUCCAGGCCAGCUACACGCCAUCGGCCAACCGGAUUGGGCUGUGGAUGGUCUUCAGUUUCACGCCUGUGACUGUGUCAUGUGACAAGCAACUACUUGCAGAGACGGAUCGAAAAUCACUGCUAAGUCCACGAUACCCUGACAAUACACCUCCGAGGGGGAAGAAGUGUGAAUACAGAAUAAGGGCAUCAGAUCCGACGAAGCGGGUUGCAUUGCACAUCUACAGGCUCCGACUGAACGCCCCAAGUUAUUUGGCCGUCAAUACAAAGGGUAACACGCUGUAUGACGCGUCCAACAGGGUGAUUCUCAGAACUGGCUCGGAGGGAGAAACGUAUUUCUCCACCGGAAGAUUCAUGAGAUUGUAUUUCACCAACCCGGGAGGUGCUCAAGGCUUCAAACUUCGAUACAGGCAAAUAUAACUUUUAAAGCAUAAAGGAAAAGAUCAAUGUAAAAGCCACGAACACACGCACACUCACUCACUUACGUACUUUACAUAAGCACACACGCACAUUCUCUCUCUCUCUCUCUCUCUCUCUCUCUCUCUCUCUCUCUCU